AUGACGACCAAGAGGCCCAACAUCCUCUACAUCAUGGCCGACCAAAUGGCCGCGCCGCUGCUGUCCCUCCAUGACAAGAACUCUCCCAUCAAGACUCCCAACAUCGACAAACUGGCGGGUGAGGGUGUGGUGUUCGACUCCGCUUACUGCAACUCGCCGCUCUGUGCCCCCUCGCGCUUCGUCAUGGUCAGUGGCCAGCUUCCCUCCAAGAUUGGCGCCUACGACAAUGCCGCGGACCUGCCCGCCGACACACCCACCUAUGCCCACUAUCUACGGCGUGAGGGCUACCAUACGGCCCUGGCGGGCAAGAUGCACUUCUGCGGUCCUGACCAGCUGCACGGUUACGAGCAGCGUCUGACAAGUGAUAUUUACCCUGGUGACUACGGCUGGUCCGUGAACUGGGAUGAGCCCGAGGUCCGUCUGGACUACUAUCACAACAUGUCUUCGGUCAUGGAUGCCGGCCCUGUUGUCCGCACCAACCAGCUUGAUUUUGACGAGGAGGUCAUCUACAAGUCGGAGCAGUACCUGUACGACCACGUCCGGAAGCGCACUGACCAGCCGUUCUGCCUGACGGUCUCCAUGACCCACCCCCACGACCCGUAUGCCAUGACCAAGGAGUACUGGGACAUGUAUGAGGAUGUCGAUAUUCCGCUCCCCAAGAACGGUGCCAUCCCUCACGACCAGCAGGACCCGCACUCCCAGCGUAUUCUGAAGUGCAUCGAUCUGUUCGGCAAGGAAAUGCCCGAGGACCGCAUCAAGGCGGCCCGCCGUGCGUACUACGCGGCCUGCACUUACGUCGACACCAACAUCGGCAAGCUGCUCAAGGUGCUCAAGAACACUGGACUAGACGAGGACACCAUCAUUGUGUUCACCGGUGACCACGGUGACAUGCUUGGCGAGCGCGGCCUGUGGUACAAGAUGGCCUGGUUUGAGAACUCGUCCCGCAAAUUUACCCCCAAGCGUGUUUCGGAGAAUGUGUCUACCAUGGAUCUGCUUCCUACCUUUGCUGGUCUUGUCGGCGCCCCCGUCGUGCCCGAGCUGCCCCUUGAUGGUGUCUCCUUGGUUCCUUAUCUGACCGGCGAGGAGGGCCUCCGCACUGAUACUGUGUAUGGCGAGUACAUGGGUGAGGGCACUCAAGCGCCGGUAGUCAUGAUCCGUUCUGGUCGCUGGAAGUUCGUCUACUCGGCCAUUGACCCGCCUAUGCUGUUCGAUCUGGCUACCGACCCCGACGAGCUCACCAACCUUGUGGCUGGCCUCCCCGUUCCUUCGAACCGUGGAGCCCCUGCCCCUGUGAAGUCCUCCAUCCCGCUGUCGAUGACCACCAAUCUUCCCACCCCUUGUGACUCCCCCCGCGCAUCGCCUGUCCCGCAGCGUGCCACCGAGGCCUCGUACCCCUUCCCCUCGCCCACUCCCCCGCGCACCCCGAGUCCGUCCAAGUCCUCGCUGCCCAACACCACGGACCCGGUCAAGCUGCUGGCCUACUUUGUGGAAGAGGUCAACAACCGCUGGGACCUGGAGUCCAUCCGCCAAGAUGUCCUGCGCUCACAGCGCCGCCGUCGCCUUGUCUACUCCGCUCUGCUCCAGGGAACUCCCACUUUCUGGGACCACGAGCCCCGCGUCGACCCCAGCACUCAGUACGUCCGCAACCAGGGCAAGGGCAUUCUCGAUGACGUCGAGCUCAUCUCGCGCUGGCCUCGCGUGCUCCAGCAAGCCGCCAAUGCAAACGGCAUCUCUACCGCAUGA